AUGCCUGCAAUUGGGAUUUCAGAAGUUUUCUGCAUCACAGGGUGGCUUGCAAUAGUAUUCUCUAAGGAUGCUUGGUGGCUCGACUUGGGAAGAUUUCUAGUUGGAUGUGGAUCUGAGGUUCUUUGCUACGUGAUUCCUCUUUAUUUAUCUGAAAUCACUCCUAAGAAUGUUUGGGGAGCAUUCGCUUCGCUUUUCACCGUAAUGCUAUGCUGUGGCAAGGCAGUCAUGUUCAUAAUCGGUUCUCUGAUCAAUUGGCGCACCUCAGCCCUUAUAGGAAUCGUACCGUGUGUGCUGCAAUUGAUGGGAGGUUUCUUAAUUCCAGAGUCUCCAAGAUGGCUGGUCGGUAAGGCCAAGACUAAUGAAACAAAAGAGUUUGAAGCCACCCGGCGACGCCUUCGGGGAGAAAAGACCGAUAUCUAUCAAGAAGCUACUGAUAUCAGAUUAUACACAGAAUACAUGCAGCAGAUCACGGAUGGAGGGCUUCGGAAUCUCUUCCAGAAGAGAUAUAUCAGUCCAUUGAUUGUCAGAGUAGAACUCAUGGUGUUCCAACAGUUUGGAGGCCUAGGUGGUUUUUCAUACUAUACAAGCUUUAUUUUCAAGUCAGCCGGUUUUCCUAGCAAGGUCGGAUCCAUUGCGAUAGCUGUUCUUCAGAUCUUAAUGGCUAUUCUCGGAGUACUCUUCAUCGGUAAGUUCGGACGACGACCACUUCUGCUGAUAUCAGCAGGUGGAACAUGCUUGGGAUGUGUCAUUACAGGACUUCCAUUCUUCCUGCAGGUUCCUUCACUUAGCAGGAUAUUUGAUCAUUUAUCUUCCAUCCCUGUGAAACCUGAAAACCAGGUUUUCCUGCUUAGUUUUGAUCUGGGCAUGGGGGGAAUUCCCUGGAUCAUAGUUUCUGAGAUAUUUCCUAUGAACAUAAAGGGUUCAGGAGAAAGUCUGGUGAAUUUGCUAAACUGGGCAAGUUAUUGGGUUGUUUCAUACACUUUCACUUUUCUCUUUAAAUGGAACUCAGCUGGAACAUUCUUCAUCUUUGCCUUCAUCGGUGAUGUCGGAAUUAUCUUUAUUGGAAAACUAGUUCUGGAGACCAAGGGGAGAACACUAGAAGCACUACAAACAUGUCAAUGA